AUGAAGAAGGCACUGUGGAACCCUGCCGCCAAGCGGCUUGUGCAGGAUUCGCUCGAGGGCCUGGUGGCGUCCGUGCCGCACCUCAGGCGGCUCGACGGCUUCCCCGAGGUCAACGUGGUGGUGGACGCCACCCACGACCGCUCCCGGGUGGCCUGCAUAUCGGGCGGCGGCAGCGGCCACGAGCCCGCACACGCGGGGUUUGUGGGGUCGGGCAUGCUGGCGGCAGCUGUGUGCGGGGAGGUGUUUGCGUCGCCUUCAGCGGAAGCGGUGCUGGCCGCCAUCCACGCGGUGGCGCCUGCACCGGCGCUGCUCAUCGUCAAAAACUACACUGGCGACCGCAUCAACUUUGGGCUGGCAGCAGAGCAGGCCAAGGCCGCGGGGCUGGCUGUGGAUGUGGUGGUGGUGGGGGAGGACUGCGCCAUAGACGCCCCGGGGCUGGCGGGGCGGCGCGGGCUGGCGGGGACGGCUUUUGUCCACAAGGUCGCGGACAUUGAGCUGGGCCUGGGUAUCCACGGGGAGCCGGGCUAUGAGACGCGCUCCUGGCAGCCCCUGACGGAGCUGGUGCCAGCCAUGCUGCGCCGCAUCCUGGCCUACCGCUGCGCCAGCAGCGGUGCGACGACGGCAGCGCUCAGCAGCGGGGCGCCCCUGGCCCUGCUAGUGAACAACCUCGGCGGCAGCAGCAGCCUCGAGAUGGGCGCGGUGGCGCACGAGGCACUGGGGUGGCUGCAGUCCCAGGGGCAUGACGUGAGGCGCGUCCACACCGGGGCGGUGGUCACGUCCCUCGACAUGGCGGGCGUGUCCCUCACACUCAUGGCCUGCGACGAGCAGCGCAUCGCAGCCCUCGACGCGCCGACGUCUGCUCCGGGCUGGCCCACGCUCGGUGGCCCCGUGGACACCUCAAAGCCGCUGGUGCCGCUGCCGGCGGCGGUCCACGAGCUCCAGCAGCGCCGCCUGGGGCUGAUGCAAGGCCGGCCCCUGGCGUCCGCGUCGCCCCAGGGCAGGGCGGUUGAGGCGGGCAUCCGGGCGGCUGCGGGCGCACUGCAGGCUGCCAGGGACAGGCUUAACGAGCUGGACGCCAAGGCGGGGGACGGCGACUGCGGCACAACGGUGGAGCGCGCGGCAUCGGCGCUGGCGGCUGCCCCAGAGGGCGCGUUUGCAGGCGGCGCGGCCGAGUCGCUCCAAGCCGUGGCGGCGACUGUGCGCACUGCAGUGGGCGGCUCCCUGGGUGGCCUGUACAACCUGGGCCUCACGGCGGCCGCUGCGGCGCUGCCCAAGGAGGGCCCCGCCAGCCCAGAGCAGUGGGCAGCGGCGCUGGAUGCGGCUUGCGGGGCAGUGCAGCGUUACGGCAACGCCCAGGCCGGCUCGAGGACAAUGCUGGACGCGCUACUGCCCGCUGCGGAGGCGCUGGCCGCUGCAGUGUCGGCAGGCAACAGCGGUGCCGAAGCUGCGCGGGCGGCUGCUGCUGCCGCUGUGGCGGGGGCGGAGGCCACCAAGGGCAUGGCGGCUUCUGCCGGGCGUGCGAGCUACACGCGGGGCGCAGCACUCGCCGACGCCGACCCUGGGGCUGUGGCUGUGUCAAUCUGGCUGCAGGCCAUUGCGGACGUUGCUGCUGCUUGA